AUGCCUUGGCAUGAAAUAGAAUCAACUAAGGACCCUAAUCUUGCUUGGAAGAAAUGGGAAUCUAGUUUCAAUGAGGUAUUGAAUCACCAUGCUCCUUUAAUACAUAAGCGAGUAAGAUCUUCCUCACUUCCAUGGCUUAAUUCUUCUAUUAAACGACAAAUGUACACUCGUGAUUAUCAUAAAAAACAAUUUGUUAAACGUAGGUCACAAUAUCACUGGAAGCAUUAUCAAGCUGCCAAAAAUAAAGUUACCAUUGAAAUGCGGAAAAGUAAAUCAAAUUAUUUUCAACAAAAAAUUAAGGAUUGUGAAAAGAUUGAUCCCAAAGCGACCUGGAAAUUGAUAAAUUCUCUCGUUGGUAAAUCUCACAAAUUUAAUCAUGUGACCGAGAUUGAACUCGAGGGCAAAAAUACUGUUGAUGGCAGUGAGAUAAGUGAAGCGUCUAAUGAUUAUUUUAUAAAUAUUGGGCAAAAUUGGCUGCUGAGUCAACCUCAAAUUCGAGUAACAAUGUACAUAAGUAUCUUAAAACUAAUAAAUCAAAUUACCCGUUUUUCAGUUUUGAGAACGUCUUAG